GAUAUCAACAACCUCGUGUUUCAAGCGUGCAGCGUCGAAGCCCAAGCUUGUCAUAUAUCCAGUCUUCAUCGACUUUUCGCACACGAAACGCGCUGACGCGACGCGAUGGCUCGCUUAUAUGUCGGUGGGCUACGCGAUAGCUUGACAAGGGACGACAUCGAGGUGACUUUUAGACCGUACGGCGCUAUCAAAGACGUUUGGAUCGCUCGCAACCCGCCAGGAUUCGCUUUCGUGGAGUUCGAGCAGAAGAGUGACGCGGAUAAAGCUAUUGCUGCGCUGAACAAUCGUGAAGUGCUCGGAUGCACGCUAAAAGUACAGGUGGCAAGCAACAAACCGAAGCCAGGCGACCGUCGUCCUCCAACUGGAAGACGAAGUCCGCCGUACCGUAGCCGCGGUUACUACGAGGAGCGAUUUGACCGCUACGCUUAUCCGCCGCCCCAUCCGUAUGGCCAUCCUCUCGACUACUACGAUUACUACAACAAAUACUACGGUCGUCCCCCGCCACCCCCGCCGAGGAUGUACGAUAGAAUGUACGACAGAUAUUACGAGCGAGAUUACUACGGCUACGACAGAAGAUAUCCGGGAAAUUCGCGCCCCGCGUCCGGACCGCCAGCGAGGGAUGCGCAGGCGUCGCAGAGCGCCACCGCAGGGGAGGGAGCCGCUCAGAGUCAGCCGCCGUCGAGCGCGUACCAAGUGGCCCAGGGUGGAACCGGCUAUGCUGCUCCUAGCUACAGUGCAGAAGCGACCAGCUAUUCGACGUCUGUCACUCCGUAUGAUCCGACUAGUAAUAUUGGACCACCGGGAACCGAUCUCCGAAUGUCUGCUCAAGCACACGGUGAAAUGCUCUCGUCACAAAGAGCAGGUUCCAGGAGUCCCCUAGGCGACCACCAUUACCCUACUAUGGCUGAUCCCACCGCGUAAACAACUUAUUUCGUGGUUUGUUUCAGUGGUAGUUAGUACACUUAGCAUUUAGCAAUCCUCUUUGCUGACUUGCUUUGUAGACAGUUAAAUGCAUGCUGCCGCGUACUUCCAUAGCACAGCCUGUUGUACUGUACUCAUGCGCUGCUUUAUGUACCUGUUUUAAUUAAGAAGGUUCCACAAUUCAAAGUUGGUAAUCAGGAA